AUGUCUGCGGCAUUUAUGGACUUCCUGACUUCGAAGCUUUCCGAGGUGGAGCCUCGAACGGUGCUGGUUCUCUUGCUGUUGGCCUAUGUGCUGCUGCAGCUCAGCCGGGCCGGAUCGAAGGGAAGUUCGGACACCGGCGGCGAGAAAAGCUUCGAUGACGAGGGCCUGGAGCACAUGGGGGUGGCAGGCCAGAUACCUCCUGGCAAGAAACUGGAGAUUGCACUGGAUCCACCCUCCGGGCUUCACUGGAGCAAUCCGGAGGAGCCUUUUGCCUUCGAGACGGAGCUGUGCAGGGGCACUUACUUCUUCUUCCACCCGCCCACGGACGGCCGCGCACCGCGGGGCGCCCUCGGCGGUCUGGACUUUGCUGAAUAUUUCCGCGGGAAGACACGACUAUGGGAGUUGAG